AAAAGAGAACAGGGUGGCGGCAGCUGUUAUGGAAGGAGAGAAAAUGGCGUUGUUUGUGCGGGGUCCGUUGGUGUUCGGAGUGCAGCCGGUAUUUCUGCCGGCUGAAGGUCGGUCAGUGUGGGAUUUACGGCACGCCUGUUGCCUGGCGCAGGGACUUCCUGAAGACCACUUCUAUGUAAAGUGUAAUGGUCGUUGUGUUAACUCUGAAGAUGUGCUACAGGAUGGAGCUGUUUACAGCCUGGAGCCUAGACUGUGUGGUGGAAAGGGAGGUUUUGGAUCAAUGCUACGAGCACUUGGUGCUCAGAUUGAGAAGACAACAAACCGAGAAGCUUGCAGAGAUCUCAGUGGAAGAAGACUUCGAGAUGUUAACCAUGAAAAAGCGAUGGCUGAAUGGGUGAAGCAGCAAGCAGAACGGGAAGCAGAUAAGGAGCAAAGGCGUUUGGAGAGGCUGAAGCGCAAACUGGCUGAACCAAAACAUGUUUUCACAAAUCCAGACUACCAGCAGCAAUGUCAUGAGAUGGCAGAGAGGCUAGAAGACUCUGUUCUCAAAGGCAUGCAAGCUUCGUCUAGCAUAGUGGUAUCACCAGAAUGCAGUGAGAGUCGAAAGCGACCAAAUGAGUCUGAAAAGGGAGCAACAUCAGAAAAGAAAAUGUGUUUUUGGAUGGGUGUGGAAGGUUUGGAAGACGCUGAUAGUUCACAAGACAGCAGCGACAGUGAAGAUGACAAAUCACCUAGUGCAUCAGGAAGCUCCUCAGUGUCCGCUAACAGCCAUGUUGACGCAGCGGACGGUACAGAAGAGCCUCCCAGCAGUUCUGAGGAUUCCUUAACGGUCAGUUCGGUCUCUGAUACAGCUGAGAAGUCACAGGUACAAAUGGAACUUGCUAAAAAUGGUGUGGUAGAAGAUCUGCCUGCUAGUGAAGCUCCAGCAGAUGAGAAACAUACAUCAGCUAAUGAGGAAUGUGAAGGGGCCAAGACCCUGAAAGAGAGAGAGCAAGCCAGUGCCUCAAGUCCUGCAGAAGCUGUGAGCCAGUCACUGGGCACUGAGACCUCAAGAAUAGAUCUGCUGGAAUUCAACUCAGUUGUGGAGCUGGAAGCCCUGGGCCUAGACCAGCUAAAAUUUGAACUGAUGGCCUUGGGACUGAAAUGUGGAGGCACAUUACAAGAAAGAGCAGCACGGCUGUUCUCCGUGAGAGGUCUAUCUAGAGAGCAGAUUGAUCCAACUUUGUUCGUUAAGCCUUCAAAAGGGAAAAAGAAAUAAACAGUGCUUUGAUUUGUA